GUCACUGAGAGGUGAAAUGGCGCAGAAAGGAGUUGAGCUGGACCGAGAAACCUUCUCUUGUUCCAUCUGUCUGGAUCUACUGAAGGAUCCGGUGACUAUUCCCUGUGGACACAGCUACUGCAUGAACUGUAUUAAAACCCACUGGGAUGAAGAGGAUGGGAAGAAAAUCUACAGCUGCCCUCAGUGUAGGCAGAGCUUCACACCGAGGCCUGUCCUGGUGAAAAGCACCAUGUUAGCAGUUGUAGUGGAGGAACUGAAGAAGACUGGACUCCAAGCUGCUCCUGCUGAUCACUGCUAUGCUGGAGCUGAAGAUGUGGCCUGUGAUGUCUGCACUGGGAGAAAACUGAAAGCCCUCAAGUCCUGUUCGGUGUGUGUGGCUUCUUUCUGUGAGAAACACCUUCAAUUUCAUUAUGAUUUGGCGCAAUUCAAGAAACACAAGCUGGUGGAGCCCUCCAAGAAGCUGCAGGAGAACAUCUGCUCUCGUCAUGAUGAGGUGAUGAAGAUUUUCUGUCGCACUGAUCAGCAGUGUAUCUGUUAUCUCUGCUCGAUGGAUGAACAUAAAGGCCACGACACAGUGUCAGCUGCAGCAGCAAGGACUGAGAGGCAGAGAGAGCUGGAGGUGAGUCGACAAAACAUCCAGCAGAUAAUCCAGGACAGAGAGAAAGAUGUGAAGCUGCUCCAACAGGAGGUGGAGGCUAUCAGUCGCUCUGCAGAUAAAGCAGUGGAGGACAGUGAGAAGAUCUUCACUGAGCUGAUCCAUCUCAUGGAGGAAAGACGCUCUGAUGUGGAGCAGCAGGUCAGAUCACAGCAGGAAACUGAAGUGAGUCGAGUCAAAGAGCUUCAGGAGAAGCUGGAGCAGGAGAUCACUGAGCUGAAGAGGAAAGACGCUGAGCUGGAGGAGCUCUCACACACAGAGGAUCACACCCAGUUUCUACACAACUACCCCUCACUGUCAGCACUCAGUGAAUCCACACACUCAUCCAGCAUCAACAUCCGUCCUCUGAGCUACUUUGAGGGUGUGACAGCAGCUGUGUCAGAAGUCAGAGAUAAACUACAGGAAGUUCUGAGGGAGACAUGGACAAACAUCUCACUGACAGUGACUGACGUGGAUGUUUUACUGUCAGACCCAGAGCCCAAGACCAGAGCUGAGUUCUUAAAAUAUUCACGUGAAAUCACACUGGAUCCAAACACAGCACACACACGUUUGUUUUUAUCUGAAGGGAACAGAAAGGUGACAUUAAUGAAUCAACAACAGUCUUAUUCUGAUCACCCAUACAGAUUCACUGAAGAGUUUCAGGUCCUGAGUAGAGAGAGUCUGACUGGACGUUGUUACUGGGAGGUGGAGUGGAGCGGGGGAAUAGAUUAUGUGGCAGUCACAUACAAAAACAUCAGCAGAGCAGGGAGCAUAAAUAAAUGUAGAUUGGGAUGGAAUGACAAAUCUUGGGCGUUAAGGUGUGAGAAGAGCAGUUAUAAAUUUUUGUACAACAAUGCUGAAACUCCCAUCUCAGGUCCUCGGUCCUCCAGAGUAGGAGUGUACCUGGAUCACAGAGCAGGUAUUCUGUCCUUCUACAGCGUCUCUGAAACCAUGACUCUCCUCCACAGAGUCCAGACCACAUUCACUCAGCCUCUCUAUGCUGGAUUUUUGCUUUACCCAUCUCAUGGAAACACUAGUUGGAUUUACAUCCAAAAGUAAUGCAAAUUUUGGCUGAAUUGUCAGAAACACAGAAACACAACACACACAAAAAAAAAGCUAAUAGUUGGGCCACAGAGCAUUUUGAACAACUACAGCUCUGAGCUCUGUGUUCUGGUGAAUAACUGGUAUGCAUACAUAAGCAUGUUGAAAGCCUUCAGAAACAAGGAUUAGAGCUUGCAGUGGCCUAUGCAAUGACUGUACAUUUGCUGAGUUUCCAUUGCUUUAAGUUGCAUUUACCUUUCAUCAAUACGACAAUGUUUCCAAAACAAUUUUGCAAUAUGUGUUUCAAAUCUUAUUCAGUCUCCAUGUUUGUCGCUGAGAGCUGAUUGUUGUGGCGUCUCUUCACUGCACUGAGAUCAGCUGUCAGUCAAACUUUAUGGGCGGUACUUUGACGUCUUCUCCUGAGUUGUUGUGUAAAUAUUUCUUGCGGUGGCGCUCCUUCCUGUGUGUGUUUAGCCGUGGAGGCUGUCACUGCUCAUCAUGAUGUGUUGUAAACUUCUUUGUGCUCUGAAUGUUUAAUGAACAUUUCAGUGGAUGUAUUUGUACGUUGUUGUUUCUCUCCCACUGCAUGAGUCUGAAGAGAGAAAUCAGCAGACCUCCUUUAUCUCAGAUAUUGUGCUUGUAAAUUUGUACAGAAAUGUAUAAUUAGCUUUUAAUGUGUUGGUGUGGCAGAUUAGUUAGCUACUAGAAACUGUAAUGAUCCUGAUCAUAAUCAAUAAGGAGAUCAUUCAUUAAUGUCUUUUACACAAACUGAAGGUUUACAUGAUGAAUAAACAAACAUGAACAAAGUA